CGUUUUCACCCUUCAUAAUCACAACAGCCACUCCCCGAAAGAAAUACACCACCCACCAUGGCUACUUCAACCGUCGGCCUCAUCAACAACUGGUUCCCGCCUAAUCGCGAGAACUACGAGCUCAUCCUGUCCGUCUGGAAGUGGUUUCCCCUGGUCCGUAAUCAUCCCGCCCGCCACCAUUCCCUCUCUCUCGCCAUCUAACCCUCACCCAGGCCGCCUCCCUCCAAUGGCUCAUACCCUGGUACGGCAUGGGCAAAACCUCGGUGACCUCGCGCCUCAACCUGCCCGGUCGCCUGGGCUGGCUGCUGAUGGAAACGCCAGGCUUCCUGACGCUGCUGUACACCCUGCGCACCCUGCGCUCCCAAACCACCACCACCGCCGCCGCCGCCGCCGGCAGCGGCGGCCAAGAACCCCCAAGCCUGCCCUACCAAAACCAAGUCCUGGCCGCCCUGUUCGUGCUGCACUACACCUACCGCGCGCUGCUCUUCCCCUGGCUGCAGCCGUCCAUGUCGCCGCUGCACAUCAUCAUCUUCCUCUCGGGCGUCGCCUUCCAGCUGACCAACGGCCUGCUGCUGGGCGCGUGGCUGGGCGCGUACGGCCCGACCACGCCCGCGCAGUGGGCCGCGCACCUGGCGCCCUGGCCGACCGCGCAGUUCGCCGCCGGGCUGGCGCUCUUCUACCUCGGCCUGGCCGCGAACUACUACCACGACGACGAGCUGCGGGAGAUCCGCCGCCGCCGGCUGCGGCAGGCCCGGGGGAAGGGAGGGAAGGGCCAGGGACAGGGCGUGGACAAGCACUAUGAGAUUCCGCAGGCCGGGCUGUUCAAGGUCGUGCUGUACCCGCACUACCUGGUCGAGUGGAUCGAGUGGGUCGGCUUCUGGAUGGCGGCCGGGUGGGGGUGCGCACCGGCGCGGUGCUUUGUGCUGAACGAGGUCGCCGCGAUGCUGCCGCGGGCGGUGCGCGGUCGGCAGUGGUAUGUGGAGAAGUUUGGGGAGGAGAAGAUCCGGGGCCGGUGGGCGGUUAUUCCUGGGGUGUGGUGAGGGGCGAGCGGAUGGAGGAAGUAUCAUGGCGGUGUGGUCAAGGCUAGCUGGGCAGCGGAACUGACCGAGGGACGAAGGGCAUCGUAUUCAACAAUGAGCAUCAUUUUUUUUUCUCGGACUUAGCUCCGGGAUAUACUCGUGCAUGUACAUAGGCACAGCUGCCCGGCCAAGUUGCUUUCACCCGUCCCCUAGCAGGUUCGAAUAAACUAGUAGAGAUAUAUUCCUUGCUAUGGCGCCUUCUUGA